AUGAGAGCCGCCUUCGCUCGGCUGCACAGGGCUCGUAACAUUCGUGGGAACCCAGCCAUCGUGGAGCAGCCGGAGGUGCCGGUGCCAGUGCCGGCAGGGCCGAGAGACCAUCGGAGCUUCAUUUGGGUCUCCUCACGCGACGCGGAGAUCUACCCGCUGGUCUUCUGCGUCUCGGUUGGCUUCGUGAUCGGGACGUUCAGCCUCGUUCGCCACCUGAUGUUGAACCCCGACGUGAACCUGAGCCGCGACCGCCGCGAGACGCCCGCCUGGGAGCGCUACAAGCCUGAGGAAGGAUCAAAGUUCUCGCGCAACCGCCACCACUUUGCCAACCUCAAGCCGAACCCGGUCAACCAGUUUCCAGAGGCGAAAACGCUGCAGGAAGGGGCUGACGAGCCGUUCUCCGAGCACCUGUAA